AUGUCUGUAGAACAAGAUAUUGUUAUUAAAAAUGAAGAGAGUCAAGAGCAAGAUACCUCUUUGAUCCUUGAUAACCAAUAUGUAUUUAUACAAUUACCAAGUGGCAAUAUCAAAGUUGUUAAACUUCAGAAGGAUACCACUGUACCAUUAGGGAAGUUUGGAACGUUUCAUUCAAAUGAUAUAAUAGGACGACCAUUUGGUCAUUCUUAUGAAAUUUAUGAUCGUGAUAAAGUAAAAGUUAUAAAAAAUGUAGCAUUCCAUGAAAUUGAUGAAACCAGUGCUAACAAUAAAGAAAUAUUAGAUGAUCCGUCUAAACAAAAAUUAUCUUAUCAAGAAAUUGAGAAAUUGAAAAAGCAAGGAUUAGAAGGACAGGAUAUUAUCAAGAAAAUGGUAGAAAGUCAUUCAGCUUUUGAUCAAAAGACUGAAUACUCCAAAGCAAAAUAUAUCAAACGAAAGGAAGCAAAAUUUUCACGCGUUUUCACACCGGUGAGACCAACAUUGUAUUCUGUCUGGGAGUAUUUUUUCUCGAAAAAUCCCGGUAAAAUAAGGGAUAUGAGAAUUGAUACAUUAUCCCAGAUAUUAACUUUGGUCAAUGUACGAGCCGAUACGAAAUUGCUUGUGGUAGAUGACACACAAGGACUUGUUAUUACAGGUGUUAUGGAGAGAUUAGGAGGUUAUGGUACUAUACUUGGCAUUCAUGAUGGUGAAAAUCAUAAUUAUGAUAUCGUGAGGUUUAUGAAUUUUUCGAAAAAUGUUAACGAUUCAUUAAAGACAUUAUCUUGGCAACAAGUAUUUAAAGAAGAGGCGCAAGCAACUUACGAAAGAAUAAGGGCCGCGAGAGAAAUUCUAUGGAAAGGUGGAUUUGAUGGUUUGAUAAUAGCGAGUCAAUAUCAACCCGAAUCUAUUCUAGAAGCAUUGAUACCUUAUUUGUCUGGAUCAAGAUCAAUUAUUAUUUAUCAUAUUAAUAAAGAGAUGUUGAUUAAUGCGUGUGUAUACAUGAGGAUAUCCAAAAGGUUUUUGAACCCACAAAUUACGGAAAGCUGGUUGCGUCCAUAUCAAGUUUUACCGGGAAGAACUCAUCCUUCGAUGUCAACAAGUGGAGGUGGAGGAUAUUUAUUACACGCAACUCAUAUAAUUAUUGAUGAUUCUCUUCCUAAUCCUAUACCUUCUUACAUGAAACAAAAAGAACAAAAAGGUACUUUGGAGAAGGUUAAUCAAUCUUGUGAUGAUAACACAAUUACUUUGACUGAUCAAAAUUCGAUGAAUAUUGAUGAGAAUAAUGUAAAAAUUUUAAAUCAAAAUGAUACGACUGAAGCUAAUUUGAAUAUCAAUGGGGAAGAAGAAUUACAUCAAUUAGAUAACAAAAAAAUCAAAUUAGAUUAG